AUGGGGAAUUACUCAGCUGUAAAAUUCUUUCUGGUAGGACUUUCCCAAUACCCCGAGCUUCAACUUUUUCUGUUUGUGCUCUGCCUCAUCAUGUUUGUGGUAAUCCUCCUGGGAAAUAGCCUCCUCAUUAUCAUCAGUAUCCUAGAUUCUCACCUUCCCACCCCCAUGUAUUUCCUCCUUGGAAACCUCUCAUUCUUGUACAUCUGUUAUACAUCAUCAUUCAGCUCCCCAAUGCUCACCACAUUUAGGGCUAAGGGAAAAUCCAGCUCCUCAAGUGGCAGUGCUCUGCAGAUGGUUGUCUCUCUUGGUUUGAGCUCCACUGAGUGUGUCCUCCUGGGUGUGAUGGCCUAUGACCAGCAUGUGGCCAUCUGUAACCCACUGAGGUACACCAUCAUCAUGAACAGGGUGCUGUUUGUGCACAUGGCUGCAUGGUCUUGGAUCAUAGGCUGUCUAUACUCCUUAGUGAAAACAGUCCUAACACUGGCAUUGCCUUUCUGUGGGAAUAACAUCAUUAACCAUCUUACUUGUGAGAUUCUGGCUCUUCUUAAACUCAUAUGUUCAGAUAUCUCCAUGAAUGUGCUUAUUAUGACAGUGACAAGCAUUGUUGUAUUGAUGGUUCCUCUACUGUUAAUUUUCAUAUCCUAUGUUUUCAUCCUCUCUUCCAUACUGAGAAUUAAUUCUGCUGAAGGAAGAAAUAAAGCCUUUUCUACCUGCUCAUCCCACCUGACUGUAGUCAUUUUAUUCUAUGGUUCAGCCCUUUUUAUGUACACGAUGCCCUAGUCAACAAACUCAAAAGCAUCCAAUGAAAUCAUUGGACUGUCUUAUGGAGUGGGGCCAGAUCAAAUCUUUUGUAUUCACAGAUGA